AGCUGAUAUUUGCCUUGUCAGUUCAUCCAUGUCUAUAUGACCUUCUGAACAGGUUGGAUGGUAAAUAAACAUCAUGGUGGCCCCUACGAAGGUUUCAACGGUGGUUGCUAGUAUCACUACUGCUUCCCUUUGUGUGGUCCACUUGAGCAUUGGAUCUGCAUCAUUUUAAAGCUAAUAUUGUAAAAUGAUUUGAAAAAAUUAGAUGGAUGACGUGGAUAAAACCCAUACAUCACAGUGGGCCCCACAGACCCCCGCCUGUACGGAUUAUUGUCCAGGCGGGGGUCCGCUUCCGGUGUUUCCCGGUUAACACACACCUAAUCCGCUCGCGAGUCCCUUGACCCGGCUUAUAAAAAAAAGAAAUAAAAAAUAAAAUAAAAAGGAGAUCCCAACGGUCAAAAAAGCUCAUAAACCCUCGCAACGUUCACAAAAAGCAAAUUAAAAAAACUGCCUCGAACCCAACGUAUAAGCUCAUCAGACCCCUCUCCUCUCUCUCUCUCUCUCUCUCUCUCUCUCUCUCUCCGUCUACUCUUCAAAGAGCAAACGCAGCUCUUCAAAGCUCGAUUACACUUUUCCUGGUUUUCUCCGAAUUCCAGCCCUGAUUUUCAUCCCUGCAUUAUCUAUCGUUUUUUUUUUUUUUUUUUUUGGAAUUAUGGAGCCCAUGGACAUUGACUGGAAGAGCGUAGAGUCCAGAUUCGUCGAAGACGAGUUGUACGAGCACAUCAACGCUCCCAAAUGGAUUGAUUUAUCCGCCUACUCCUCCCUGGUCGACGACGAAGCUUGGUUUUGCAGGCCUGAUUGUCGGCAUCCGAAGAACGCUGAUGAUUUCAAGGUGAAAAAUCUGAGAUCGGCGAACGAUAUGGAAAUUUUACCGUUGGGGGAAAGAAAUCGCAGGGACACCAACCUGAAAAGAAGAGGCCUCCUCUCAUCUGCUUCUCUUCAAGACCCGAGAUCCAAUAAGACAGUACCCGAAAUUCCCCGAUCAAAGAAAGCUUCGAAGAAAUUCCGGGAAGAUGGUGAGAACGAGAAUCCGAACCGCUCUCCAGCCCCGAGCAUCAAAACCUUCAAGGCCUCUAUCAAAUCCAGCGCUGAGAAGAAGCCAGCAGUGACAAAGAUGAGGACUACCUCUUUCGAAUCAAGCGCUGAUUCGCCUCAGGUGGAGCAGAGACCGCUGCCGCGGCUCAAAAGCACGCUCUCGGCACGGAAUCUCUUCGCGGGGAAGGAGAUUCUGAACCAGAUAACGGAAUUCUGCAGCGAGCUGAAGAAAUUGGCAGUGAGCACAAGAGAGAGGGAGAAUUCGGUGAGAUCGGAUGGGAAGGAGAAGGAAAAGGAGCCUUUGAUGGAGGAGGAGAGGCAGAUUUCAGGCGGAGGAGUAUUGGAGGAGAAGAAGGUUGUUACCAGGAAGGAGAAGGCGGGAAAGGCUUUGAAUUUGAAUUCAAAGAUCUUCAGUCCAGAGGCUUGGAGGAAGAAAAGGUCUGAAGACCUUGAUAACAUUCAAGCAUCUGCAUCUGCAACCGACUUGAAGGGUGGCUGCAAAGGCAAUGAAAGCCCCUCACAAGUUAGAUGGUGUCCUCCCUCUCCUCAACGCUUCCCUUCCCCUUAUAAUCGACAGAAACCUUUGAAAACCACCCCUCUCAAGCCUUCUAAGUCAAGAACAGCUGGGAGAGGAAUUCUUCAAGAAGUGGAGCAGAAUAAAAGGAUAGCAAAAGAAUCUGUGGAAGAUGAAGAAAACCAGAACAUUUCAAUUUCUGGAACAGAAGAAGCAAGGUCUCUCGAUGUGUUUUGGUUCUUGAAGCCCUGUGCAUACCUUGCUAAAUAAGUAGAUAUUUUCAUUGUAGGGGCCAGGCCCGGGGUCAGCAUCAGCCAGAAUUUGAAAUCCUUACCAAUUGACAGCCCUAAUUCAUUGUUUGCUUUGUUUGAACAUGUAAUUUUUUUUUAUUGAUUCAUUAGGUUAGAGGAAAUAAACCCAUUAAUCUGAGUGUAUGUAUCCACAUCAUUCUUUCCAAAAUUCUCAAAUAAAGUAUUUUUUCUUUAUAUCCUUCUGGCA